GGUGAUUAGCGGAUAAUCACACCGCUUAUCGGCUAUCGCUAAUGCUCGACUACCGCUUGCGCCGAGUCCACGUAUACACACGGCGCGCAUGGGGGUACGAAUCACGACGCUCUAGAGUAUAAGUUCACUACAACGUAACUACGUAAGAUAAGUAAGCCGCUGUCACUUGAAGUAGUGACGUUCAAUUUCUCGUGUUGUGUGCUUAUUGGAUCGGGUGCGGGAGUACUAACUCGCCGGCCGGCCGUCAUCGUUUACACGCCCUCGUUAGCGGCGACCGUCUUCACUCCAUCUUCUUCUCUUCUCUCCACGCGGCGGACAUUUACGUUUUCCGUUUUGCAUCCCUGACCAUCCUGCCAAAGUCUGAGCACCAGCAGCAGUGAUGAAUACCUUGAAGGUCUUCGCCGGAACCACAAUGAACACACCUAUCGCCACUACAGCGACCACCGUCAAAUAGUCGCACUGUGUAUUAUACAUUUGUACACGACCACGUUAACUUUUCUUGCGUACAGAUUGUUUGUAAAGAAAUUUGAAAACUCAACUUAAUUUAUCGUUGACAACUACUAUUGGAACAAUAAUACUCCGUCGUCAGAAUUAUACACUAUACAUCUCUGUUUCUUCUAUUGUUACAAUCUCAUUAAUAUUAUUGUGCACUGUCAAUAUUCACUUAUAAUCAUCCAUCAUCAACAGUUACAUCUCAACCACCAACAUUGUGACUACACCAAAAUCUAGGGAUUAUAACUAGAGAACAAUGAUUCCUCUAUCAUCAUCAGCGUCACAGAGGAAAUCAAGCGUGGCAGCAAAAAUGACAAGCGGCAGCUCCGCCGGCAUGCCUUCACCAACCAGCCUCUUAACAAAGCUCAAGGGAGCUGUGCGCUCAGUUGUAUCAGACUCGAAUGCCCGCAACUUGAUGGGCUUCUUGGUUCUAAACUUUGUGUUUGCUUUCGUGGAACUUGCAUACGGAAUGUGGACAAACAGCUUAGGCUUGAUAUCUGACUCGUUUCACAUGUUCUUUGAUUGCACUGGCCUAAUAGCUGGUCUGGCUGCCCAAGUUGUCAGUCGGUGGCCAGCUGACGAUUCGUUUGCCUAUGGUUAUAAGCGCGCUGAAGUCCUAGCCGGAUUCGUCAACGCAUUGUUCUUGUUGUUCAUAGCUUUUUUCAUACUGACGGAAGCCGUGGAACGGGCCAUCGAACCACCUGAGGUGCACCACGACCGCCUGUUCGUUGUCAGCGUUCUGGGGCUACUCGUCAACCUGGUCGGUAUAUACGUGUUUCAACAUGGUGGUAGCCACGGGCACAGCCACGGUGGCUCAGGUGGCGGUCAUGGGCAUAGCCACGGUGGUGGUCACGGGCAUAGCCACGGUGGUGGUCACGGGCACAGUCAGGAAGGCGGUCACGGACACAGCCACGAUGGCGGUAACCACGCGCACGAAGACGAUCCUUACAACCAGCACAACCAAGUGUCCAUAUCAAUGGGCGGCGGUGGCAGUCACCAGCAGAACAACGCAUCGGUACCAUCAGCCGGGACUGGCCAGAGUAGCCACAAUCAGAAUCAUCUAAUGAAAGGCGUUCUACUGCAUAUCUUGGCUGACACGCUGGGCAGCGUGGGCGUGGUCAUCUCAGCGCUGUUGAUGCGAGCUUUUGGGUGGAUGCGUGCGGACCCCGUGUGCUCGAUAUUCAUAGCCGUGCUCGUGGCAGCCUCCGUGUGGGGCCUGCUUCGUGACUCGGCCCGCGUCCUCAUGAUGCGCACGCCCGUUGAGCUGGACGACGAGCGGCGCGUGUUGGACGCGUGCUAUUCCCGACUUCACCGGUACCAUCCGGCCGUCAUGGGAAUCCAAGAGCCGCGGUUCUGGACGUUGUGCGCGGACGCCUACGCGGGCAGCAUCAAGAUCGAAGUACGGUCCGGACUUGCCGGGAUCGUGGGUGCCGGCCCCGGCAACAUCGAUUAUGCCGCGUCCUUGUCGCAGAUGCAAUUCGCGGGCCAAUCGAGCCUUCAGCCCGCAGACGCCGCCCGACUGUUGCACGACCGCGACCAAUUCGCCAACGGUCUGGUGCGAUACGCGCAACAGGUAUUCGGCGCUGUCGGUGUCCGAAACUUGUACGUGCAGAUUGACUACGCUGGUGACGAUACAGUCCACAAUCAUCCACAUCACCACGUCAACGACGUGCAGCGGCAAAACAACUAUACGGCAGUCGGCAGCCUGCUUGAUCAGCCGCAACAGCAAUUCCAAACGCACUAUCAACAGCAACAGCAGCAGCAACAACAACAGCAACAGUACACCAAUCCGCUGUUAAUGAUGUAAUAUAAUAACCGGUAGCGCCUCGCCAUCGCCACCGUCCGCGCGAGUCCGAAGUCCAUGGCCACCACCAACCUCCAAGAACUGUUUUAAAAAAACCAUUCACAUUUUAAUUAUACUACUACUAUUUUUAUUAUAUUUAUGAUACCCAUUCUGUAUCAUUCGUGUGAACGUGUUACAUAAAAUAUUAUAUCGAAAAUAAAAAAGUUAUUUUAUUUGUACAUUAUACAUAAGAAUUUGUAUUUGUUUAUUGAUUAUUAUUGCAUUGUUUCAUAUUUUUUUGCUACACUCGGAUAAUGAAGUGAACAAUUAGAAAAACUGACGAUUUUCCAAUGAAACAAGAAAACAGUUUAACAAUGCAAACACUAUUGUUUUAAAUAAUAAUUACUACUUUGUAUUAAUAUAUUUAAAAAUGUAUGGUAGUGUCAUUAUAUUAUAUCCUCGUUUUUAUUGGGAUAAGUGAUGUUAAUGUCAAUUAAAAAUAAUAUCUGUUG